AUGAGACCUUCUGUCCGCGACCAUUCAGAUGCUCCUUUGAUAUGUCAAUUGAAGAAGCUCUUCAUUUUCCUCAGAACAUUUGCACAAGAAUACCGGGCAACAUACCACGGAUCUGACGUGGUGAGAGAAUUCUGGCAAAAACAAGAGAAAGAGCUGUACAAUAGAUUGCGGGAUCAGGGAAACGUGAAGAACAUGUGGUGUUGUCUCGCUUCCCAUUACUUUGAAUGGGUGGCUGGAAUACCGGAACUGAAGUUCAUGAGUAUCCGAGAAAAGAGGCGAAGGUUUACCCUACAAAACAGUCAUAUCGCUGUUUCUCCACCCCUCCUGGUCUUCUUGGAAUAUAGAUGGGACAAGAUGAAGGCUGUUCUUUCUCUUCUAUUGAUCGGUGUCGUAAUAGCUGAGUAUGUGGAUGAGCCUAUAGGACCAGGUGGAGGACAACCAUCUCCGAAGUCAUAUCCGGAAGGACCCCAGCAAUAUGUCAGCAACGGUGCCAGCGCAAACUACCAACCACAAAGUGAUGCUGUCGUGAAACCAGCGCCGGUACCGACUCCAAAAGAGAAACCCGUCAAGGGCACCCCCACAGUCAUCGGCAAGAGUCCUACUCCCUCUAAGGGAGUUAUCACACCAACUAAGACUGGAGGCACCAUUAGUCAUGGUGGUAAAACUGGUGGAAAACCUCCGGUUGCGCCGCCAGGGACAAAGCCAGCGCCAAAACCAGAGCCAAAACCAGAGCCAAAACCGUUGCCAGUACCAGAGCCGAAACCAGCGCCAAAACCAGUGCCUCACUCUGUCAUCAGAACUCCGCAAGCCGUCCGCGGCAGUGGUGCUCCUCCUACUCCCCCUAAAAGCGGACCUCCUACUCCACCUAAAAACGGUCCGAAGCCCGAUGCGAAAAUUCCUCCUCCCCCGGUUGCUCCGGCUAAGCCACCAUUGAGUGACGCUCCUGCAAAUCCUUAUCGUCAUUAA